AUGGAGCUAUCGAAGAAGAGAAAGACGGAAGAGAACGGCGUUCUGUACACAACGGCCGGCCCCAACGAUAUCGUUGCUCCGCCGCUCUCCCUCUCUUCUUGCAGUCUCAGUCCCCAAGAUGCACGCAAGAUCCUCGAACCCUUCACCAAAGAACAGCUUCUUGACGUCUUACAAACUGUCGUCGUACGCGAUGUUGCUGUUUUAGAUGCCGUCCGCUCCAUCGCAGAUUCUGACCCCACCCAACGUAAACUCUUCAUCCGUGGCAUCGGUUGGGAAACCACCAGUGAAAAGCUCCGAUCGAUCUUUUCGAGUUUCGGAGAACUCGAAGAGGCUAUUGAACCUAGCAAGAAGAUCGAUGGUCGUAUUACGGUAGCGCAAUUAGCAGCGGCUAAAGAUUCGAAUAAUGUUGAUGUGUCGACGAGGAAGAUUUACGUCGGCAAUGUUCCUUUUGAACUUUCGUCGGAGAGAUUGUUGAGUCACUUUUCAUCGUAUGGUGAGAUUGAAGAAGGGCCAUUAGGGUUUGAUAAACAGUCCGGGAAACAAAAGGGGUUUGCGUUUUUUGUGUAUAAGACGGAGGAAGGCGCCAGGAAUUCAAUCGUUGAUCCGAUGAAGAACAUCGAUGGACACCAAGUUAACUGUAAAAUGGCCACCGAUGGGAAGAAGGGGAAAGGAGGUGGGCCUCAGGGACCAACUGGAAUGCCUGAUUCUGCUCCUCCAACUGGUUCGAUGCCAGGGUCCAUGAAUACUGGCUAUGGUAUGCCAGGUGGGUUAACAUCAUAUGGUGGAUAUUCGAGUGGGCGUCCUCUUCCUCAUCAAAAUCCACAGAUGAACUCUUCAUUGCCUUCAACAGUUGGUGGUAGUCAUGGUUAUGGUAAUCAGGGGCCACCUUCCUAUGGUGGUGGUAGUGGCGGCGGCUAUGGUGGUGGUGGUGGUUAUGAAUUCCUCCGAGCUCAGGUGGUGGUUAUGGUGGUGGUGAUGGUGGCAAUUAUGGUGGUGGUGGAUACAGCAGUGGCUCACAAAUGCCACCAGCUGGUCCAAGAGGUCCACCUAGUCAGAUGUAUCAGGGUGGGCCCCCUUACUACUGAGGUGUAUAAGAAUUGAGAAUUGAGAGCUUGUUGAAUUGAAGGCAAAUGGUUUUAUUUGGUUUUGGUGAUAAAUGGACUCUGCUUGCUUGUGCUUGCUGCCUGUCUGAUGUCUGAUGUCUGAUGUCUGUACCCAUUAAGUGUUUGCCACAUCACUCAAUCUCUAUCUGCCUAUCUGAGUUUACUUUACUUUACUAGUAGUAAAAUCAAUAUGUUUUAGAUCUUUAUUGGCAGCUGUUAUAUUUUCUACUUUCUACAAUAUGAUUUUCGUAUUAUGUGCUUAUUAGGGCCUGUUUUCUCUCUCUCUCUCUCUCUCUCUCUCUCUCUCUCUCUCUCUCUCUCUCUCUUUUCAAUAUAAGGUGCUGAGUUGAUAACUGAUGUAUGUUUGACUUCUUUUGUGCUUAAUGCAUGUAACCUUUUAAGUGCAUCUUUUACUUGUGGUGUGGUAUCUUCUAACUUGUGUGUGAGAUAUUUUGAUUUUUAUUCUCAUUUGAACUAACUAGUCUUUGAUCUUGCAAACAAUCUCCAAAUUGCUAGAUAGAAAUGUAUUUGAUUUAGUUUAAUUGUAUAUUCGCAUAGUUUAUUUGAAUAAACGAUUUGUUAGGUGAAAGUUGAAACAUUGUUAAAAAAUUUCAAUGGGACAAGUAUAAUGCUGCCCAACUUUGCUCUACUUAAUUGUAUAAGAACAAUCAAUUCUGAUUCAUUGUAUUUGGAUGAUGCAACUUUUUAUUUUAUUAAAUGAAUGAAUAUGAAGUUAGGCCCAGUAUCAUUAAAGUAUUUGAAUUUUGGAAAAGAAAAACGUUCUUUGGUAUGUAUGUAGUCUUGUUGUACAUAGCGUGGUUUACAAGUUAAGUUGGGAAUAUAUAGCUCUUUAGGGGGCUUAUCUACUUUUAUUUAUUUAUCAUCGAUUUUGAGUUAUUCGGUUGUGUAUAUGAAUAUGAAUUGGGGGAGGAUUAGGUUUGUAUUAAAUAUGGAGGGUUUGGUUUAUUUAUUUUUGGGGAGUUUUUGUUGUAAACAUAUAAUCUCAGAAUCAAUUUUUGUUUAUAAUAGUUAAACUCUUGUUUUUAGUCUUAUGGUGAUGAUAUUAACUUUCUUGUCGUGCUUUAAGACCAGUGAUCAUCUAAUGAUAAUAAACUUUUUUUCUUUAUAUAAGAUGUCCAUUAUUUCACAAUUUUUCUUGUUUAAAAACACUAAACGACAAGCCAUGUGUGGAUCUAUGAAAGAUGCUGAUUUUUAUGAUAUAUGAUAUCCUUGAGGGGGAAGGAAGUCGGUCAAGCAUGUUACUUUGCCAUUUCAUUGCGGUCAAAGAAGACAUAGGAUUUUGUUUUAAGUACGAGGAUUUUUUAUUUUAUUUUAUUUUAUAUUUUUUUAAAUGUUUUGACUUCAAGUUUUGGGUUUAAAGAAGAAAUAAGAUUGUGUAAUUUUAAUUUCAGCGUGACUAAAGAUUGU